GGCUGGGCGGUCGCAGUGCCCCGGGGCAGCAGUGCCUCAGUGGCAGCUUGGCAGUGGCAGAAUCAGGGUUGGGUUUCGGCUGGUCCGGAGAUGGGAGACAGCGCAGUAGCGGAGGUGACUGGCGAGGUGGUCAUGGAGCAGGCCAGCUCAACACAGACUGUAACGAAGCGCUCGGUAACGAGUAUCCAGACGACGCACAUACAGUCCUCACACGAGUCUUCGGUCCGCGUGGAGUCUGUGGUGCAAGGGGGCACCGCGGAACAGACCUUCGCUGUGGAGUCUGUGGUGCAGGGAGGCAGCGUGGGGCAGUCCCUUGCCGUGGAGUCCAGCCACGUCGAGGCUAUCGCAGACAUUCCGAAGGAGGAGGCACCGCCAGUAGAAGAAUCACAGCCGGAACCCGAGCCUCAGCCGGCCGAGCCCCAGCCAGUCGACGAGAACGCCAACGCCAUCCCGGAGGAACAGGAGGCCCAGCCACAGCAGGAACAAGCUGAAGAACACGCCCCAGAAGAGCACAAAGCCGAGGAGCAGGAGCCAGUGCCAGCCGCUGCUGAAGAGGUUCCGGCAGAAGCAGAAUCGGUGCCGGCGGAAGAACCGGCUGCCGAAGCCAGCGCCGACGCGGAAAUCAGUCAGGAGAACAUCAAGUCCCAGCUGCACGAAAUCAUCAGCGAGAUCGAGGAGCAGGUCCAGCCCGAGCACGAUGAGGUACACAAAGAUGAGGUCGUAGAGAGUCAACAAGUAGAUGUCGCAGUAACUCCUGCCGAGGAGACUCCGCCGGUGGAGGAGGCGCCCGCGUCUGAGGAGGCCGUCGAAGCUCCUGCUCAGGAGGUCGAGGAAGCCGUUGAGGCCCCUCCGCAGGAGGUCGAGGAGGUCGUGGAGGCCCCUGCGCCGGAGGUCGAGGAGGCCCCUGCGCCAGUGGUCGAGGAGGCCCCUGCGCCGGUGGUUGAGGAAGCCCCUGCGCCGGUGGUUGAGGAGGCCCCUGCGCCAGAGGUCGAGGCGGCCGUUGAGGCCCCAGCACAGGAGGUCGUGGAGGUGCCGGCACAGGAGGUCGAGCCAGUGGAGGAAGAGGUUAAGAGCGCUGAAGAGGCGGUGUCGCAGGAGAGUAGAGCUGUGCUUGAAGGAAGUGAGGGAGAGGCGCUGGAGGAGGGGAAAGAGCUGAUGGUGGAGGAGGAGGAGCAGGAGAGAUACGAGUAUUACGAUGAGGAUGGCGUCUUGCACCAUACUUGGAGGCCCAAAGGAAAGUAUGAACUGCAGAAGACGGCCAUUACGUACGAGGACGUGGUUCCCAUCGCCGUGCCUGAGGUCUCGCUGAAGGAGCCCGAACCGAAGCCAGCGCCCCAGCCGCAGCCACAACAGGUGCCGGAGCAGAUGCCGCAGGUCAUGCAGGAGCCCAUGCACAACGGCGACAUGUCUCCGCAGGUCCUGUCGCCCCUUGAAAUCCCUGAGGGCAUCCCGCUCCUGGCCCGCAUCCUGCCCAAGGUCGAUGGCGAAGGAGACAAGAAGAUCAGCUUGGAGCGCCUCUUCACGCCCGCCACAGACUCCGGGGACCUCACGCCCAAGAAGGCUUCUUCGCGAAAGAUGUAUUCGUCGUCCGCCUUCUACCGGCCCGACCACCCGACCAUCGACGACCAGGUGGAGCUUGCGCAGCGGAUCUCCUUCUCUCUGGUCGACGACAACAACAAGAUGAGCCGCGGACAGUCUAUGUACCUCAAGCGGAAGAACAGGUCCAUGCGCUGGAUCCAUCAAGGAGGCGAAAUGCAAGAAUUGAUUACAGGUUCUGGGGCCGGGGGUGAGAUGCCGGAGGAGGAGAUGCAACGACCUUUGGAGAAACCCCCCAUGAAGUUGCUCAUGAACCCCAAGGGCGUGCAGGACUUCCAAGCCGUACAGGAACACUACGAGAACCUCAUGAACGCCCCAACCAGUCCCGACGUCGGCAAGAUCGUGGUCCAGAGUCCUGUAAUUGCCGCGAGUCCUUCUGGGAAAGGUGCCGAGUUGUUCGCCAAGCGGAAGAAGCGAAUGGACAAAUUCAUCGUUGACGAGACGACGGUGCAGAAGGCGCAGCAGCAGACGACGUCCGUCCAGCAGACCUCCAGUUUCAGUUCGAGCUUCAGCAGCAGCAGCAAAAGCGUUAGCAGCAGCAGCAGCUUCACCAGCAUGAAACAAGCGGAGAUGGAGAGGAACCGACAGCAGGAGCAGAUCAUGGAGAAGUUCCUAAAAGACCGGGAGUCCAGCCUCGUGUUGGUGCAGUCGCCGUGGAAGGCCGCUCUCGAGACUGGGCGUCCGGACGCAGCCUUCGAUGAUAACAGAUUAAAGCAACAGCUGGCGAGCAGCGUGGUGUCUCGGGCGAACGUCAAGGUGGCGGACGCGGGCGGCCAGGAAAAGUCCGAGCCAGUCCCGUUCGCCGCCCCGCCCAUGGGAGGAGCGCCCACCGCACCCGCUGCCGCCCCUGCUUCUGGGACAGGCGCUAUCUACACCGCCGAGGUGAAGGUUGUUCAACGGGCGUCCCUUCCACCUACACCUGUUGACAUCCCACAACACUCGCUGCUGGACCUCGUCGAGCAGGAUUCGAACGUCAACAAGCGCCGCUCCCUGAACUUCAACCUGGCGGCCAAGGGCUUCGGCACCUACAAUAACUUCUAUACGCCUGUCACCUUCGCUACUUAGAUAGGAAUCUGCGUCAGCGGUUUCUCGAGUUACAGGAAGGAAGUGAACGUCAUUCGGGUCUCAAACCUUUUGGAGGGAGCUUGUCGGAAGGAGCGGGGUUUCCCAUCGAACGAAAGUCUUUGUUGUAUAGUGGAUCAUUCAUUGCUCUUUAUUUGAGUUAAGGAUUUUAAUGUUUAUCCAAUUUGUUUAUCGGCCUUUUGGCAAAGGCAUGGCACAUUUGUGAAUUUGCUGUCGAGAAGAUCUUGUUAUAUUUAGGGUGAGUGAAGCUAUUCAUGAAAUUUCAUUAAGUAAUUAUGGUUAGUUUUCCUCUCUGUUGAUUAUUUCUCCUCUUCAUUGUAUAGUUCACACAUAAUUUGUCUACAUUGGAAGUAUUAUCAUUUGUAGUUAACUGUGAACGUGUAAUAUUGUCCUUUUGUGAUAAGUUCAUUCUCCAAGAUUUUAUCUCCCUUAAAGAGAUGAGAUAAAAUGAGAUUUAGGUAUAUCUUUAAGGUCGUUUUCCCUUUGGGCAACGGGAAGGGAUAGUCCAGACCUUGCCAAGUCCCGCUGGCUGAGCGCUUCAUUCGCGUAAUUUUUCAGUUUCUCGCAAAUUAAAUCAGUAAGUCUUUCACUGGCUAAUCUCCUGUCAAAUGAUACCCAUAAACCUGCUCUGAGUGAGCUGUCACCCGUGAAUCAGUCGGAUUUAGGCAGCGAGUGAAGGCUCGGCCAAAGUCACCAGGAAUGUUUACAACCUCUGCUCUGCAUGUAUGGUGCAGGUGGACCUAGAGCAACACUGGGCGACCUCUCGGUCAUUAAGAAAAAGUCAUCCUCUGUUCCAUAUCGCGCGAGCCAAUUUUUUUCUUUCUUUCUUUCUUUUGUUUUUAGUCCCCCAUUCCCUCUAUUCCUCCUCCUACGUGCCUCCAUCCUUACCUCCUCUCCAAGACAUCCGCAAGGAAAGUCGAGAAAGAGGGUGCGGCUCCCUGAAAGCAAGAGAGGCUUGUCCCCGCCCGGAGCUCGCCCGCGUGUGGUGCGGAUGGCUGCCUGGCUUCAACUGCCUUGCUGAGACUCCCGCUCGUGUCCGCCGCAGGCAUUCGCACUACCUGCUGAGUCCCCUUCUCUCUGGUCCAGCUCACGAUGCACUCAAGCUAUGUAUCUUGUGCAAAAAUUAAGAUAAAAUAAAAUAAAAAAAUAGACAUAUAUAC